AUGUCGGCGGAUGUGAAUGCGGAGGAGGCGCCCAAGGGGCACCGGGGCCUGGCCGCCUUGUUCCCCAAGAUCCCCGGAACACAGCGCCCUGCGUACCACUCGGCAGGGUUUUCCCGCAGUGCCGCCUUCCCUGGCGCGGGCUCCGCGCAGCCCCCCACCCCAGCCGUUGCCCCAGAGCCGCUGGCGGCAUCUGCGAAUCACGAGACGUCCAUCGACAUCAGCGCCUACAUCGACCCGGGUUUCAACGACGAGUUCCUGGCCGCGUUCCAGCACAGCCGGCAGGAGAAGGCUGCGGCUGGUGUGGCCUCUCGCAGGAUGGCAGGCGGUGACUUUGAUCACACGGGCGCCCCUGGCUCCCGCUGGCGGCGCCGGAUGCCGGAGGGACGCACGGCCUCCUCCUGGCUACGGCUCGCGCCGCGGCUGCCACUGCUUCCCCUGUACGAGCGUCGGGCGCCGAAGGCGUUGUGGGGCCGCUGGCGAUCAAGAGAGCUGCGCGAGGAGGACGAGGCGAAGCAGCUGGCGCUGGCCGGCUUCCCCAGGCCGCCGCCGCCGCCGCCGCAGCACCCGCACCCACCGCCCGCGCACUGGCCGCCUCACCUGUGCAGUUCCAGAUCGGCAGGUUCGCGCGGCCAGACCACCAUGCACUCUGCAGCUGGCUACACCCCGACGCCGCUGCCCACGCCCGUGCCCAGUUCUCACCCACCGGUUUCCCGAAAGCUGCUGGUUUAGCCAGGCCCCGGCGCGCUCAAGGCUGGCGUCGCGCACCCCGACCUCCGCGCGGGCGGCGGAGGCGGCGGCGGCGGCGCGGGCAAAGUACAGUCGGUGAAGAACAGCAACGAGUACCGGGUGCGCGAGCGCAACAACAAUACCUGCGGUGCAAAAGAGCCGACAUCAAGGCCACAGCGCAACGUGGAGACACAGCAGCUAAGGUGUGCCGGAGCGACCAGUGACAAUGACCGCGCGCGGGUGGAACAACUGAGCCGCGAACUGGACACGGGCAUCUUCCGCCAGUUCCGACUUCGGUCACAUGGGCAACUGCGCGUGAGACGCGGGCGAGUGGGACCGCCUCUGGCCGUCACGCUGGCUGGGACCCAGGGCGGUUUCGUCUCCUCGAUCUCAAGACUGCCCCAGCAGUCGACCAGGAGUCACGGUUUUGAGAUGUGCGGUCAGGGCAUCUCCACCGCAGCCCCGGCCCCCACUGGGCAGCCCAGCCCGGGGACCCAGGUAGGCUGGGUGACAGAAUGGAUGGCCCAGUCCUGUCCCUGCAACUUUCAACCUAAGGAGGAUGAAGACCGGCUGCGUUGGGCUCUUCUCACUUCCAGUCCAGACCGGGAGAGCUUCCUGGAGGCAGGCCCCAGCAAGCUCUGGCCAGGACGGCAGCAAUGA